UGGUGUAGAUUGGGGAGAGCCAAAGGAGAAAAACUGCAAUGGUCAAACUAAACCUCUUGGAGGAUCAACUUUUCUAGGAGAAAGUUAUCCAGGACAACCUGUCAUAAAAGAAGUGUUGAGUAGUAUGAACAAGUCUGUAAUUUUGCUUGAUAUUACAUUGUUGACUGCAUUGAGAAAAGAUGGGCAUCCAUCUAUUUAUGGCACAAGUGGACAGCUAGACUGUUCUCACUGGUGCGUCGCUGGAGUACCAGACACUUGGAAUUCGCUCUUAUAUACAAGUCUUAUUUCAUAGUGAUGCUUUUUAAGUAUAAUGUAUUUUUAGAUUUAAAAUAAUAUUCUUGACUUGAAAAAUACUUUAAAUCAUGAUCUCUCUCUCUUUCUCUCUGCAUUUCCCUCUCUCGAUCCAAAAUGGACAGUUCUUUUUUUUUAGUACCAAAAUGGACAGUUCGUCUAAAAAUGAACAAACUACAACUAACAUCGUCUGUGAACGUU